UUGCAUUUCGUAAUUAAUUUCCCAUCGUGUUACAUAUUUUAAUAUUAAACAAAUCGAAUGUUAUAAGUACUUUAUUCUGCAAAAUAAUAUAUACUUCGCAGUAGGCGGCGUAAGGAUAUUUCCAGUACGGUUAUUCGGUGACCGAAAUUGUUAACUCCGUCGUUACACGUUGCCUCACAAUGGCGUAUUUGGCAGUAGCUGUUGGUAGGUGCAACAUUUAAGGACGGGGAGGGGGUAGUGUGGUCCCUUCCCAGGCUAGUAACCGAAAGGAACGGCUGCUGGAAUCAUCCAAGAUUUGCUUAGUACAGAAAGGAUUCGAUUUCAUCAAGAAGGACGUGAUUUUAAUCAAGGUUUUGCACAGUCACAGUGUCACAACAACGAAGCAGGGGCAGCGAAGUGGGGGUGUAAUUUCGUCAUCUGUUGAAACUGUUGACGAAUACUUGCACAACUGCAGCACACGUUACGAAGACCUGGGAAGUCGUGAGACCAUCAUUCGGAUACCAGACCCAUAUUAUGUCUAACGGACUCUGAUUUUUGUUUCUCGGACAAAGAAUUUUCUUCUCGGCUCACGCGCAAUCGAGCGAUUCAUGCUCGUUCAUUUCCGUUGUUAGGACUGGCCGUUUUUUACCGUUAGUCACCUGGGAAGUGCUUCUCACGAUUACUUCACAUAAUUAACUACUAGGUCAUCGUUUUGAAUCUUACUCUAGAAUGUUAUCAUCAGUAUAAUUGUCACGGGACCAAAUUUUCAUCACAGAUUUGGCCGAUUUGCCAACGGACAUCGAUUUCCGGGAAGCGACUUUGUUUGAAGAGCCCGCCUCACGUGUUGCUAGACAAAGAAAUCCCAGAACUAACAAAGGCUGGAGAGAGAUUCUUCUUGGUUCACUUUUGAUUGUUCCUAUGCUCAUUUAGGAGUCAGUCUUCUGAACGACUAGAUAGCAUUUUAUUCUGUCAUAUGAGCCUCACACGUCCAAGGCCCAGACCAAUUGUUGUGAGUCAUGGGCCAAGGAAGAAAGUUGAUUUUGAACCUCUACCUAACGUUGGAAACUUAUCACCGGAUUUACAACCAAAUACCCCUCCAGUCUUUCAAAGACCAACUUCUCAGAAUGUAUUAAAAAUUGGAAAAUACUUAUUGUUUGAUCAUCCUGAGGGUAGUGAAGUUUAUUCUGCUGUAAAUAGCAUCACUGGUGAAAAUUGUGUUUGUAAGGUGUUUGAAGUUCGCCGUUAUCGGGAAGUUCUCUCGGCAUACUGGCAAGUGGACAAUCAUGAGCACAUUAAUUCACUGUCGGAAAUAAUCCUCGGUCAGACAAAAGCUUACGUUUUCUUUGAAAAGAACUAUGGUGACCUGCAUUCAUAUGUGCGGCAAAAGAAGCGCUUAAAAGAAGAGGAAGCUGCCCGGCUUUUCCGACAGAUUCUCUCAGCUGUCGAGCACUGUCACGCCAAUGGAAUAAUACUCCGCGAUCUCAAGUUGAGGAAGUUCGUCUUUAAGGACUCAGCAAGAACCCACUUGCGCCUGGAUGGUUUGGAAGAUGCUGUCGUCCUUGAUGAAGAAACCAAUGAUUUGAUGACCGACAAACAUGGCUGCCCCGCCUACGUCUCGCCUGAAAUUCUCGGGGCCACCGGCGGUGCUUACUCCGGGAAGGCGGCUGACGUCUGGAGUCUCGGGGUGAUGCUUUACACCAUGUUGGUGGGGAGGUACCCCUUCCACGACUCGCAGCCCCUGGCACUGUUCGGCAAGAUCAAGCGUGGACAGUUCUCGGUUCCAGACUCGGUGGCGCCUAAAGCAAAGUGCUUGCUCCGAAGCUUAUUACGCAGGGAGCCAUCGGAACGUUUGUGCGCCAAUCAAAUUUCCCAGCACCCUUGGUUCAAGGGUCACUGGUCGUCGGGCGUGUCCGGUCGCGCCAGUCCGCGCGUUUCGUCCGAUCAGACUGUCCCUGAUGUUCCGUACUUCAACGAAACUGACAGUUUCUAUUUAUGAAUAAUAUAAUUGAUUAUGCUUUCCACGGGGUUACUUUUUUUCUCUUUUUUUUUUUGAUCAUUUGUGAUUCUGUCAGAUUGUAAAAAUUUAUCACUUGGUUUGUUUUUUUGUGAGUCCAAGAAAUGGAUGUUGGAUUUAAUCUAAUACGUUGCAGUUUUUGUUGCUCAGGAAAGAAAUUGGCCUAGUAUUCGGAAUUAAAUAACAAUUUUUGUUUAUGUGUGUAAACACUAAAAGAAAUGUAAUGUGGCAAAAAAGAAGAAAAAACAAACGGGGGGGGGGGAAAGGAAAAUCGGACAAAACAUGUUCUUGCUGCAGAAAUGGACGGAUUACAUUCUUCAGGCAGCCACGGUUACCACGGAGAUGGUCAAGUCAUGUAUUUCCCGUUUCCAUGGUGCCAAAGUACUGUUUAUCUGAAUGCAGGUGUGUUGUGUGCGUGAGUGUUUGUGUCUGUUUGUGUGUGUGAUUUAUCAGAAACGGCAUUCUGAAACCGUGUGAUCCUACUGUUGUGUGAACGUUAAUUCCAUCGUUUUGGUUGUACACUGUGUGUAUGAAUGUUCGACACUGAGAUUCAUUACUUGAUUCCUUAUAUACGUGGGGGGUUUUCGGCUGGCUACACUGGUCAUAAAAUAAACUUGAAACGCUGA